AGUAGAUGUAGAUCGAUCCAUUCUAGUAAUGACCGGAUUCCACUUUUCCCAUGAUGCAACGCACUGAGAGGAAUUUUUCAAAACGAAUCAGCGAUGGCGGAACAAACAAGCAAGGAGGUGGUCAUCGGGAGCGUAGAGACAACGAAUACAUUCACAAACGAUCACAACCUCCGAUCAAAAAUAUGCCUCCCAACUUCGCAAGGAAAAGGGAUCAACAUACCCAUUCAAUUCGACACCGAAUGUAACGUCCCGAGCCGGACAAACGACUUCUCAGACGAACCACCAGCUACGGAAACCUCUGGGCGACUAUCCCAGGAAACACCUACAACAACAAGCAAUUGUACCACACCAAACAGCUCCAAGUCAAAUAAUCUAUCGUCAGAUGAGAUGAAAUCCAAAGAUAUCGUAGUAGGCACGGAAGAUAAGGAAAACUACAUCCACGCCGGUGUCUCUGAUGUUGGUGGGUCUCUCUUGUAUUCCUAUUCACUUGCGCAUGAUGUUCACGUGUUGCAUGUAGGUAACUACAGUACUUGUACUUGUAGCUACAGUAUCUCUCUCCAUGUCCAUGAUAAAUGUAUCAUACGUCAGUCAGCCAGGUCAUACGCAUGAUACGUCAGGUGAUCAAUUCUUUGAAACAGUUAUAGUAAUUGUUUGUAUUGCAAAAUAAACGUAUUGAACCAACAAACACACUUACGACAGCCUAGACUGGUUGCCUCCCACAAUGGUGCCUAGGGUCUGGGUUUCCGAGACUAAUGACAGCCUAUCGCCUAAAACGUUUUUAUUUGCUGUGUUAUUUGACAGUGUGAUCAGAUCUAAGUCUAAGGUGGACCUAUCAGAUGAUUAUAUUGUGUUCUAUCGUUUUGUCACCAAAGCCCCAUAUACUACCCACCAUUGUGACCUGUACGCUCUCGUUGGCUGGCCCUCACUACAUAUUGGUCGCCAAACCCACUGGCUCCAGGUCAUCUAUAAAUAACUUUUAGGCAAAUCCCAGCCUUAUCUUAGAUCAUUGGUCACCAUAUCAACACCCACCCGUAGUAUGUAUUCCAGCAGGUAUAUCUCACUGGUCAUCCCCAAAGCCAACACCUCCUUUGGCCGCCAUUCCUUCCAGUUCUCUGCUGCAAAUGACUGGAACGAACUGCAAAAAUCUCUGAAGCUGGAGACACUUAUCUCCCUCCCUAACUUUAAGCAUCAGUUGUCAGAGCAGCUUACCGAUCACUGCACCUGUACACAGCCCAUCUGUAAUUAGCCCACCCAACUACCUCAUCCCCAUAUUGUUAUUUACAUUGUUAUUUAUUUUGCUCAUUUGCACCCCAGUGUCUCUAUUUGCACAUCAUCUUCUGCACAUCUAUCACUCCAGUGUUAAUACUAAAUUGUAAUUAUUUUGCACUAUGGCCUAUUUAUUGCCUUACCUCCAUGACUUACUACAUUUGCACACACUUUAUAUAGACUUUCUAUUGUGUUAUUGACUGUACGUUUUUGUUUUCCAUAUGUAACUCUGUGUUGUUUUUAUCGCACUGCUUUGCUUUAUAUUGGCCAGGCCGCAGUUGUAAAUGAGAACUUGUUCUCAACUGGCUUACCUGGUUAAAUAAAGGUGAAAUAAAAAAUCCACAGAUCCUUCAUCUGAAGACAGCACCUGCCAGGUUAUCACCGAGACCAGCAGCACAGACACUCCCCCCACUCUGACCCCCUCCAAGCAGGCUGAGGCAGAUGAUGCAGAGACGCUGCGGAGGGCCAGGGAGGAGGGCCGUGUGGAGGUAGUGUUCCCAGGCUUGGUAACACAGGAGGGCUGCUGCCGCUUCGUCAGUGAGAUACUGAAGUGUAUCCUCUACCAAAGACAGCAACUGCCUAUGACCUAUGACCAGCUGGUUUACUCUCAGAAGAGACAGCAAGCUGCCAUGCAGGUGAGUACUGGGCAGUGAUGCUUCCAAUGUUCUCAACCAUGUUUCUCUCACUACAUAUUUAACAUCAAUGACAGUUUCUCAAUUUGUCUUUCCUCGAUUCCUUGCUUCAUCUCUCCUCACCUCCUCAAAACACAUUGGAGAAGGUCGGAAGGGAUGAACCUUGGGAACCUCCUCCAAUACAGUUGAGAAGAUGAGGACGAGGAAUCGAAGAAACACUGGCUGCUAUAAUAGCCCUACUCCUAGCAGUGUUGUCUAGGAUCUAUGAGUUGCUGUUUGACCUCAGGCCCUCUCUCUUCCUCUUUACCCAAGAAUGAGGCGGUGGUGGGCUGGAGGCCCGGUCAGUCCGCCGCAGAAGGCCUGGACUGGAGGAGGUGCCAGCGUACCCUCCAAGACCUUGAGGAGGUGCUACAACAACUGGAGGUGCUCUUCUCCCUCUCCCUGGUCCCCCGCGUGCUCCUCCUGCUCGGGGGCUCCCUCCUCCUUCCCAAGGAGCUGUACGAAGUCAACAUGGAGGACGUGAUACUAGCCGCCGGCGACCUGAGUCUCCGUGUUUCCUCGUGUUUGCGCCAGGUCUUCCGCACGCUCUUUGUGGCCGACCUGUUGUCUGACGCUAAACCUGUCCGGCUCACAGCCACGACGGUCAUGGUUCUGGCCCAUAGGGACUGUGGCGUGGGGUGGUUCCGGCCCAAGCUGAAUUUCAAGGUCCCCACACGGGUGAAGAGCCAGGUUAUUUCUCUGUCUUGUGACCCCAGUAGUGUCUCUGAGUCUGGGACGUCUGAGGGAGGAGGGCAGACUGACUGGCAGGACUAUGUAUGGUUUCAGGCCCCCAUGGCUAUCAAAGGCUUCAGUAAAUGACAUACAAGGGACAAGGAAGGUACGCUCAUCCACAGCCAUAGUAUGAGAUGAGACAAGGUCCUGUAUUCAGAGUCUGAAAGUAAGAGUGCUGAUCUUGGAUCCGGUCCCCCCGUCUAUAUAAUCCUACUCGUACUGAUCUAAAGGCAAAACUGGGCCCGUCUUUAUGAAGUGUCUGAGUUGGAGUGCAGAUCUAGGUUCAGUUUGACCUUUUGGAUCACAAUGACUAACAUUAUAUAGACAGAGGGCACCUGAUCCUAGAUCAGCACUCUG